UCCCGAAAUGGAAGGAUCACUUUCCCAGUAUAUGGUGCCAAUGCAAAUGGUUCAUUUUUGUCUUAUUUCUGUGGCAGCGCAUGCGGGGGGUAUACUUCUGACCAGGAAAAUCCUACGCCCAAGUUGUCCUUUUAAAAUGCUAAGCGUUUGGCCCCAGGAUCAUAUCUCCGAUGUCACAAAUACUAUGUAGAAAUCAUGCCAUGAAUGAUAUGCCGUCCUGGUACCAAUUGUUUUCGAUAAAUAUACUCCGUACGCCUCUCAUACGACGUGAUUAUGCAUGCUAAAGUAUUGUUCCUUAGUUAUACAUAAAAAUAACAUGUUUCCCAUCAAAAUUGCGUUGAGAAGUUCCCGAAAACAUAAAACUUAGCUAAUUCAACGGUACCGUUCAUUCUGCGACACCCUGUAUGUAGGGUCGGAAUUCCCUUAUCUAUUUUUAGACUGGGGAAUACCAUCCGGGCACCUGCCACGUUGUUGAAGAAGCCGAAACCGAACUACGGAUAUCGCUUACAAAACAGGCGAUAAUUCAAAACUUACUGCAUCGAUUUAAGAAAACUUUGCACCAAACUAAACAUAAAAGACUAUAGUAUCGUUCACAUAAAUAUGUUGAGUUUAGGGGAGUUACUUGUUGCGUUUUCAGCGUUUUUAGGGACGGCCCUGUGUACAGAGCUGACGUUUACACUACCCGACAAUGCAAAAGAGUGUUUUUACGAAGUUAUUGACAAAGGAGUUAAAUCCACCAUAGAAUUUCAGGUCAUAAUGGGAGGAAACUACGAUGUCGACAUGGAACUUGUCGCACCCAACGGCCAAAGUCUCUACAAAGACCAGAAGAAGCAAUAUGACUCGUUCACAUGGACCACCGACCAAAAGGGCAUCUACAAAUUUUGUUUCAGCAACGAAUUUAGCACGUUUACGCACAAGACGGUGUAUUUUGACUUCCAAGUUGGGGAUGAACCAGCCAUCGUACCUGACUUGGCAAAGCAAGCGACUGCGAUGACACAGAUGGAAACGUCCGCCGUUGCAAUCCAUGAGGCCCUAAAAGUUGUGAAUGACUACCAGACCCAUCACAGGCUCCGAGAAUCAACAGCACGGGGCUUUGCUGAGGAUCUCAAUGAACGUGUACAACUUUGGUCCAUAGGGGAAUCUAUUAUUAUUCUAAUUAUAGGAAUUGGACAAGUUUUAGUUCUUAGAAGCUUUUUUACGGACAAAAAAGGCACAGUGAGCAGUACGUAGUGUUGUUUCUAUCUAGACAUUUUGGUUGAAUCAAAGAUAUUAUGUUUGAUCUGGGACUGCUUAAAAAUUCCAAGAGACGAAACUUGAACUACCAUGGGGAGGGGGAGGUCAUCAGUAUUUGCCAAUACACAUAUCUUUCCCCCUCAAUUUUGAUAUUUCAAGGUGUUGACAGAAGAAUGUAAAAACUAAACGAUUGUUGUGGGUCCCAUGGGAGCUGAUGUGAGCAGCUCAUGCAGAAUGGCAAUACCUUAAAGUUCCUUGGCCUCUGAUCACGCUGGUGAGUGCCAGUGUGUCAAAAAUUCUGCCCAAACACAUGAAAAGCCUACACCCAAUUUUGUGAGGAACUGAAAAAAAACAUCGCCGACCGCCAUGCUGUUUUGGUCUGUUCAUCAAGCUGGUUCUCGCACGACCGAACCGUUUUUGUAAAUAGCUUUUUUAAGGUAAAUACUGUAUAUGAGUAUUGCAAAGUGUUUUGUAAAAAAUGGACUCAGAAAAUGUGAGUAAUUUGUAUAAUCCUCUGCCUCUGUAUGUCGUCAAGAGAACAUUGGACAUUUCGAAGGGAAAGAGUAACAUUAACUGUAUAUGCUUUACAAUAUCGUUAUAAUUUUCUAAGUCCAGUUCAGAAAUGAAUCGUAACACCAUUCACACACCUAUAAGUGUGUUCUGUUUGUAUCACUGUCAUUCAGGAGAAUCAGUUCCCCAACUUACUGAGUGUCCUACGUUAUUCUUUUGUAUUCAAAGCAGGCUUUCCAACUCACCGAGAAAAUUUCGGAGUCUGGAACAGGGAGUAGGAAUAAAUAAAGACCCAGUACACAUUUUUGUCUCUAAAUAACUUCCUGGUUGACUUGUCGUAUACACAAGUAUUUUGAUUCAUUCAGUGUGCGUGGCUGCAUCUCACUCUAGAAAUCAGUGGUUACAAUGUAGUCUCAGAAGAAAAGCCUUUGUCCCUUGUACCCGAGUGUACUAGUUAUUCCCGGUCUACAGAGUGGAUCCAAGGCUUGGGGGUCAUGAUGAGUUUCAACAGCCUGUAAGAUUCAGAAGGUUAAUUUCAAUCAAGAGAGCCUUGGGAACAAACAAUAUUGAGGAAGUUGCCCGGGACUACGACAUGCUGUUAGCGUUAACACAACAGUAAAUCAAAACUGAUGAAAAUCAAAAAUUCAGUGCUGCCCUUUCUCAAGAAAAAAUCGGAAACGUGUGGGUGCAGGUGUUGAGGGGCCUUUCAGUUAGUUUUUUUGUUUCUUACACAUGCAAACAAAAUUCGGUUGCCAUCUGCCUAAACAUAGGUGUCGCUUUCGGAGUUCUAAUGAUACAUUUAGUACAGUCACAUUCACAAUUGACAUCACAGAAUAUGCGUAUGUUCUACGCGAGGUACAGGUUACUUACACACAAGCUACUCACAACCCUGUGCAUGCUACUUGUCACACAGGCUAGACCUUGGCCAUGUUAGCUGCUCUGCACGCAGCUUGCACGGCACCAGAGCAUAGGUUUGCGCACAGCACACGCAAUGUCGAAGCAUUACAUUUUUGGCUGAGUGUAUGUUAUUUGUGACUGGUGCUGUAGGCGUGGUAAACUCCUCGGGUCAAAUACAAAAAGUUUUGAAUUUGUGUCCAUUCCAGUGUUGUUAGUUAUGAGGUAUCUGCCCAUUUCGCCUUAACCUUAUUCGCCUUAUCCAAUUUUGCCUUCUCCCAUUUAGCCUUCUCCUAACUUGCCUUUUCUCAAUUCGCCUUCUACGAUUUCGCCAUCGUCUUAUCUCGCCUUUGUUCCAAUUGGCCUUCUUCCUAACUCGCCUUCCUCUCAUCUUGCCUUAUACUAGUUUACCUUUUCUUAUUUCGCCUUUGUCCUAUUCUGCCUUGGUUCCAUCCUGCCUUAUCUCAUCUUGCCUUUUCUUGAUUGACCUUUGUGUCAAUUCGCCUUCUUCCCAUUUUGCCUUCUCCCGUUUCGCCAUAUCUCACUUCGCCUUUUAUCAAUCAGCCUUCGUUAAGCAAGGGGUCUAUUAUUCGCAGGGGGGGGCAGUGUUUUGAGUAGUUUAAUGAUUCUGUUCAAAAAAACUUUGGGACUUGUAUUAUCUCAUGCUAAGUUAUAGCAUUGCUGAGAAUGAAGAACAUCAAACAUACCAAAACCAUCCAAAGGGAACACUGCGUGGGACGUUCUUGAGAGCUAACUCAUUCUGUGAGAAGGCCUCAUAAUUCCCCAAUGACCAAAGGAAUACAUCUUCCAGAUUGCUGGAUUUGAGUAGGCCUAUUGACCAUAGUCCAUAAUAAAGAACUUCAGAAGCACUCACACUUUGAAUGAUCAAUAAAAUACUUAGCACCCCCAUCCCUCCUAUAUAGUACCAGGUCACAAGUCUUACUCAUCAAAGAAUGCCAAAACACUAUGCCAAAAUAUUUCCAUGAAAGACUUGGAAAACUCUAAGAUUUGACAAACAUGGGUAAAGAUACUAAGUUGGUUUUGGAGAUACAUGUAAGCUUACAUGUGGAUGGUUCAGAAGUUAUGAAGAUUUGAAAAUAUUGGUAAUUAAGCAGCAGCCUUGGGUAGGGUACCAAAACAUAAUUCGUGGAAACACUCUUAUAUGAAAGAUUGGUCCCACAAACAUGGGUAAAAGAGACAAAAGUCUUUUGUAAUAUGGUAUGUAAUGUAAUAUGACUAUAAUGGCUGAGAAGUUAUCUACACUUGUAAUUUUGGCAAUGUCCACCAGGUUUUGGUUGGGGGUACCCCCGAAUGGACCCUAGAAGCCCUUCAACACUGUUGAAGACACUUUCAUAUGAAAGAUUGACUCAACAAACAUGGGUAAAGACACCAAGUUUGUUGCAAAGUAGGAAGAAGGCGAAAUGGGAAGAAGGCGAAAUAAUACAAAGGCGGGGCGGGUAAAGGCGAGAUAGGAUGAAGGCGAAUUGGGACAAAGGUAAAUUAGGACAAGGUGAAAUAGGAGAAGGCAGAUUAAGACAAUGGCAAACUGAGACGAAGGCAAGAAUGGAUAAGGCAACUUGUGAUAAGGCAAGAUAAAACAGAGGCAAAAUAGCAUAAGGCGAAAAAUGAAAAGGCGAAAAAAGACAAAGGCGAGAUAGAAUAAGGCGGAUUGGGAAGAGGCGAAAUUGGAAAAGGCGAAAUAGGAGAAGGCGAAAUGUAUAUUUUUUAAAGGCAAAAUGGGAAAAGGCGAAAAAAGACCAGGCGAAAUGGGCAUGAACCAGUUAUGAUGCUAAUGCUGUAAAAUUGGUCAGGAGCCACUCUUAACUCUUGUCAACUCAAGACGGCUCUUGACUGAGUUUACAGAUGUAGGACAUAAAUGUAGCUGUACUUAG